AUGGCCUGGUGGGUGCUCCUGGGCAUCUGCGUAGCUGUUGCUGGGCAGCAGGCAGUGGCAAGCAGCUUACCACCACCCUGUGACAGGUGAGUGAGUUUUCUGGGGCUAUGGAGAAACGGGGGUGAGGGUAGGGUAGGGGGCAGGAGUAUGAGCUUCUUCAGGUUCUACCCAGGAGAGCAUUUUUGAAGACCUUGCCAUUGCACUAAAACCGAAGGGAUCCCGAGUGUGCUGCAGUGGUUAGUGCUGGCCUAAGAUACAGGAAGAUCCCUUCUCAGCCAUGAAUCCCUCUGAGAGAACUGCAUUGCUCGCUGGGGGAACAGCAGGAAAUAAAUGAGGUUAUCAGAGAUGUUACAGUAGGUUCUCCCAGGAUGGUAGGAGGCACCCCAGUCAGGGGGCUUAGAUGCUCUUUGCUCUGAACCAUGGUUGCUGAUCUGAUGAAAGGAGCAGCCGCAAGGGCCCCUUGCUUUGCCAGCAUCAGGCAGGGCUCACUUUCAUCUCUUGAGGGAAGUUGGCUGCGAGAGUGUCAAGUGGCCUGAGCCUCCCCCUACUGGUUCCACACUGUCCUGUUGUUCUCAGAUGUUCUGUGCCAGGCAAAGUGGCUGGCUGGUUACUUGCCAGGCAGAGUGUGGAGAACCUCUGUCCCCUCCAUGCCUUGCUCUGCUCGCUUUCCAGGAUGACUGCAGUUUUCUCCCCUCUGGUCUUCCAUUGUGUCACCUCUUCCUCCUCAGCUGUAUGCUGUGAAAAAUCUUUCAGCUCUCAAGUCACUUUGAUUGGGUGAAGAUAUUAGUGUGUAUUUGUAGGAUCCAUGUGCAGCCCAUGCUCACUGUAGGAAAGGAUAACCCCAAGGUCUGGCAGGCAAUUCCCUCCCCGCUCCCCACUGCCUUUAGAACGGAAGGAUUCUGCUGGUAGCGGUCUUUGCUGACCCUCUUGCACUUGCUUCUUUCUCCCCACCCCUCCAGUGAGAUCUACUGCACCGGGGAGCUGCUGAGGCAGGUCCAGCAAGCCAAGCUCUUUACAGAUGACAAGUUCUUUGUGGACAUGCCGCUGAAGGAAAGUCCAGGUGAAUGGCCAAGGCCCAGUCAACCCCACCCUCCACCCAAUGGGGAGGACCCUCAUUAUUCCCCCAGCCCUCUUCUUGCUGAGGCCAGAGCCUCUCCCCCCAAAGGGUGUAUCUAUUUGGCUUACUGAAUACCAGGUUUUCCGGUUUCUGUAACAAGUCAAGGCAAUUUGCUGGAGCUUUCAAAGUCUGAAACGUACACAGUUUGGAAUGUGCCAGCUUUGGAUAACACCCGGAAUGACAGCAAGACAAGCUUGCAGGUGGAACCUGUCAUCUCCUGAAUGGUGUGGCGGUCUUGGGGGACAGCCACCCAACCUCUGUUGGAGUGGCCUAAUUUGCUGCUUGUUCACACGGCAAGAAAUGUGCUGGUGCUGUGAGGUUAGACUUCUUGGGGAUCGAAGGCUGGGGCUUGCUAGAACCAUCCUUAUCUCCUAUACCCUGAGUCUAGACAAGGACUGGUCUUUGCUGUGAUAUCUCUUCCCUUCACAGAGGUGGUUCUGGAGCGAUUCCAGAAGUUGGUGAACGAGACGCCUGGCAGGGACUUGUCCCAAGAGCAGCUGAAAGUAUUUGUAGAUGAAAACUUUUCCCCACGAGGGCAGGAGCUUGAGAACUGGGAACCUCCAGACUGGACAGACAGGUAGGGCUCUGUUGCUCAGUGUUGACCACCUCUACCCACUUCCUCUCUCUACCAGCACAGCUUGGGGGCAGGUUUCGGGGAGCAAAAGAGCUGGGGCUGGGCGCUGUGUGCUCCUGUUCUAUGCCUUUCGGACUGUGAGGUGUUUCAGAGCAUUACAACGUGCUCUUAUGUGGAGCUGCCGUCUGGGACUCUUGAGAAACUUCGCUGUAAAAUGUAGCAGCACAACUAUUAAGUGGGACUACCAGGUCUUCAACAGUCACACUGGCUUCGAAGUCCUUUCUGGGUUCUGUUCAAAAUGUUGGCAUUGACCUAUCCAAUCCUAAAUGUAUUGGGGCCAGGUUACUAGAAGGGCUGCCUCUUCUCCCACAAACCUGCCUGGUUGCUAAGUUCAGGGGCUCCUCUUCAUUUUGCCACCUUCCGAGGUGAGUUGGGUGGUGACUCAUACACAAGGUGCCGCCCUUGUGGAAAGAAUGGGCUUCUGUGCCACCUUGCUCAUUGCUUAAGGGAACACACCGUAACCACAUUAAGUUGAGCACUGCCCCAUUGCAAUAGAAGAAAUAAAUGCUGGGUCCCUAACUGGACUUGCUUUAUUUCCUUGGCUCCACGUUUUAUUUAAGAAGAAGACGAAGAAGAGGAGUUUGGAUUUGAUAUUCCGCUUUAUCAGUGCCUGAAGGAGUCUCAAAGCGGCUAACAUUCUCCUUUCCCUUCCUCCCCCACAACAAACAUUCUGUGAGGUGUGUGGGGCUGAGAGACUUCAAAGAAGUGUGACUGGCCCAAGGUCACCCAGCAGCUGCAUGUGGAGGAGCGGAGACGCAAACCCGGUUCACCAGAUUACGAGUCCACCGCUCUUAACCACUACACCACACUGACUGUUGUGUUCCCUCAACAAGGUGGUUUAGAAGUCCAUUCUUACCACACCCUGUCAUGAGAACAUAGUAAGAGCCCUUCUGGAUCAGGGCUCAUCUAGUCCAGUAUCGUGUUCUCAGAGUGGUCAACGAGCUGCCAAUGGGAAAAACACAAACGGGACCCCUGAGGACAAGUUCAUCCUCCCCUCCUGUGGUUUUCAGCAACUGGUGUUCAGAUGCAUUGCAGUCCUCCCAUCAUGCUGACAGAGCAUAGCCAUCAUGACUUAGGAAAUCUCUGAGUGGUGUGCCUGGCACCGUCCUUCUCCUUUGCCCAGGGCUCUUGCAGGUUUUGAGAACUAGGUGAGAGAGCCUCGUGAAGCGCCUCAAGGUCUCAAUUGUUGCCUUCUCUUUGGGAGUUGCCAUGUGGCCCUUGAGCAGCUGGACUGGCCUCUCCAUCACUCUCUUUGCUCUCUUUCUAGCCCCCCACUUCUUCAGGGGAUUGCGGACAAGAAACUGCAGUCCUGGGCCCGGGAUCUGAAUGCCAUAUGGAGGCAGCUAGGCAGGCAGGUAAUUCCCAAGGGCCUCCAGAGCUGAGGGCUGGCUGUGCCCCAGCAGAGGUUGACAGACAAAUCUUUGCGAUUUCAUUAGAUCAUUGGGAAAAACUUUGGAAAUCAGAUAUUAAUUUCACCACAUGCAUUACUAUCAAAGAAAACAUUAUGAAGAUGUUUUACAGGUGGUACUUAACCCCUGUAAAACUGGCUAAAAUUUAUAAAUUAACAUCGAAUCUGUGUUGGAGAUGUAAGGUAUCAGAGGGAUCCUUAUAUCAUGUCUGGUGGGGAUGUGAUAAAAUAAUUUUUUGGGGGGAAAAUAUACAUGAGGAACUGAAAAAAAUGUUUAAAACAACAAUUGGAAAGAAGCCAGAAACAUUCCUUUUAGGAAUUAUAACAAAUGAAAUCCCCAAAGACAUGAAGAGAAUCUUUUUAUAUGCAACAGCUGCCGCAAGGUUAUUGACUGCAAAAAAUUGGAAAUCAGAAGUACCAACAUUGAAAGAUUGGCUACAUAAAUUUUUUGAAAUGAUUGCAUUAGCAAAAAUGACGGCUACAAUUAGAAUGCAAUCUAAUCAAAAUCUCGAAACAGGAAUGGAAAUGUGUAGAAGAAUACAUGGCCAAAACAUGUUCCAACGAUAAUUUAUUGAUAUGUAUAGACUGAUUUCACAAAGUUAAGUCAAGUUAAGCUAAGCAGAUAUAUAAGACUGAAUGUUUAAUUAUUAAGAUACAAAAAUACAAUCUCAAUAAUAAAGUUAUAAAAUAAUAAGGAAGUCACGCAUGGGUGGAGGGAAGACACAGGGCAAGAAAUAAUAAAUGGAUAAAUGCUGGUACAUAAGGAAAUGCGAAAAUGUGAAUUUACGAAUAUAAUGUAUAUGUAUCAUCAUGUAAAGAUUUCAUAUAUGUAUUGCAACAUUAAUAAUAAAUAAAUAAAUGAAAAAGCUUUGCCUUUCAGAUGAAACCAGAAGUCAAAACUAGCCCUGACCGUCACUCCCUGAUCUACGUGCCAAACCCACUGAUAGUGCCUGGUGGGAGAUUCAUUGAAUAUUACUACUGGUGAGAAGUGUGUAGAGUCAAGGAUUUGGCGGGAGGGGGGUCCUGCCAUGCCUGGCAGCUUCUUUUCGGUCUCUCAUUUGCUGCUGCCUUCCUCUAGAACCCUGGUCUUUUCCUGCAGGGAUUCCUUCUGGGUCAUUGAAGGGCUGCUGCUCUCCAAUAUGACGGCCACAGCCAAAGGCAUGAUUGAGAAUUUCCUCUACCUUGUGGACAAGUGAGAUUCUCCUGGGGUGACAGGGCGGGUCUCUUCCUUCUGCUCUGGCUAUCUCCCGAAGGGAUGAGAAGGGGGAACGAAUGGCCAGCCAGAAGUGUUUGGGCUUAUCUUUGGGAAUGGAAGGGAAACACAUACCCCAUCAGCGCACUGUGUGCGCACACUUCAUUGGCGCAAGCUGCCAUACACACUCCUGCUCCAAUUUUGCUUCCUGAUGACAGAUUGGGCCACAUCCCAAAUGGGGGAAGGGUCUACUAUGAGCGCCGAAGUCAGCCCCCCUUCCUCACCCUGAUGGUGGAGAGUUACUGGAAACACACAAACGACACCGACUUUUUGAGGUAAGAGCCCUGGUUCUCUCCAGUCCCCAUCCUUUUUUUUUUGCAGGGGGCAUGGGGGGGGAACCCAGUUUUCUGCUUCUUCCCCCGCUCUACGCGGGGCUGCCCUUGAAGCUGUCCCAGAAACUCCAGCGGGGGCAGAAUGCUGCAGCGAGGCUCCUCACGGGGUCUCUGCCAUGGGAGCAUAUUCACCCAGUGCUUUUCCAGCUGCAUUGGCUUCCGGUGGAGUACAGGGUCAGAUUUAAGGUGCUGCUUUUGACCUUUAAAGCCCUUCAUGGCCUAGGACCCUUGUACCUACGGGGCCGCCUCUCCCGGUAUGCCCCACGGAGAGCCUCAAGGUCCAUAAAUAGCAACACCCUAGUGGUCCCGGGCCCUAAAGAAGUUAGAUUAGCUUCAACCAGAGCCAGGGCCUUUUCAACACUGGCUCCGGCCUGGUGGAACGCUCUGCCUCAUGAGACCAGGGCCCUGCAGGAUCUGAUUUCUUUCCACAGGGCCUGUAAGACAGAGUUGUUCCGCCUGGCCUUUGCCUUGGAAUCAACUUGAUCCCUUCCCCCUCUUUCCUUUUUCCUUUCUCCUCCUGUGAUGAGACUGCAUUUUAAUAUUUUAAUGUUUCAAUAUUUUAAUGUAUUUUAAUCUUGUUUUUAAGUUGUAAUCAUCCAACUUGUUUUUAUUAUUGCUUGUAAGCCGCUCUGAGCCUGGCCUUGGCUGGGGAGGGCGGGGUAUAAAUAAAAAAUAUUAUUAUUAUUAUUAUUAUUAUUAUUAUUGAGAUGCUGGGUGUGGGCAGGGGUUGGGCUGCCUGCUCAAGUAGGAAUGGAGCUGGUGACAUGAGAAGGACAGAAAGGUGUCCAUCUUCUUCCACCUGUUUCAGCCUCUGUGCUCAAAUGUGGCUUCCAAGUGCCUUUCCUGUUGCCUCUAGGACAUGGGCAGGCAAACUAAGGCCCGGGGGCCGGAUCCGGCCCAAUCACUUUCUAAAUCCGGGCCACGGACGGUCCAGGAAUCAGCGUGUUUUUACAUGAGUAGAAUGUGUCCUUUUAUUUAAAAUGCAUCUCUGGGUUAUUUGUGGGGCAUAGGAAUUCGUUCAUUAUUUUUUAAAAAAAAAUAUAUAGUCCGACCCCCCACAAGGUCUGAGGGACAGUGGACCGGCCCCCUGCUGAAAAGGUUUGCUCUAGGAACUUUCCCAGCCGGGACAUACCCUGCCAAUUGUGCCCAGUUGCUCUUUCUGGCUCUUUCCCCCCUACCUCAGGAACAAUCUUCGUCUCCUUGAGGCUGAGUACCAGUUUUGGCAAGAUCAUCGGGCUGUCAAUGUCUCCUUUUGGGGCAAGGAAUACACCUUGAACUGUUACAAUGUCCAAGUUGGGGAGCCCAGGUGAGGUGUGCAAUGCAUCACAUUUGGAAUUGGUUGGGCAGUCACAUGCCCAUCUUCUGAGGUGGCGAUGGGCUUCUAAGAACUGAAUUCUCACUAAAUCCACAUUAUUUCACCCUCCUCCUCCUCCUCCUCCCAGACCAGAGUCCUACAUGAAGGAUGUGGAAACUGCUGCUGGCUUAGAUGAAGGUAACUAGCCCUGCAAGCUUCCACCCUUUGCAUCCCUGUAGGGCUGCUUUCUAGGUUGGACCCAGAGCUGAGCCUGUGGGCAGAGGAGGGUUUCAUGCUCCCCAGCCAGCCAACAGGGUCCCAGGGAUUUCCCUCAUGACCUGGUGGGGUGUUGCUUGGCCUUGUAAGCCAGGGGGAGACAACAGGAGAGCUCCAUCUAGGCCUUAUUUGGGAUACUGAAGGCAGUGCAAGGCACAUUGGGGUGGUUCUCCCUGCCCUGCCUCGUUGAUUAUCUUUUUUCUUCUCCUGUCCUGUUUCUUUACACAGGAGCCCGGGAAAUCCUCUGGGCUGAGCUGAAGAGUGCAGCUGAGUCAGGCUGGGAUUUUUCCUCUCGUUGGUUCCUCCCGAAGUCAUCCCUGCUUGAGGCCUCUCUGAAAGACACCAAAACCAGUGCCAUCGUGCCAGUGGACUUGAACGCCAUCCUUUGCAGGGUGGAACAGCUUCUGGCCACAUUCUAUGGGGUUCUGGGUGAGACAUCUGAGAUGAGGUAUCCCCUGGGAGCCCAAUGAGGACAUAGCCUCCAACACGCCGCAGAGGAAAAUUGGGAUGUGUAUCUUCUGGGGUGGCAGGUUUGUGGGAGCCAAACCAGGACAUCUCGGGAUCCAAUGAGAAGCUGGGAUGACUUCUGUAAUUCCUGGAUGUCAUGCUUAAAGUUAUGGGGUAUGUGGCUGCAGGGGUCUUGAAUGGUGCAGCCCACAUCCCUGGUAGGUGCAGAGCAAAUGGUUUCUUGGACUGGCUCCCAGGCACAGGAUGACACAGCUGCAUAGUCAGGGGGAACCUCGUAGUCCACCCCUGCAGUUGGUGUUGCACAGCUGCUGUGAGUGCCACCUUGGCAGAGGUGAGCUGGCAUCCCUGUGUGAUGCUGGGGAAAGGAGGUCUAGCCAGCUGGGGAGAGAGGAUCCACCCUGGAUUAACUGGAAGCUGAGCUUACAGGACAGAGGUUUUUUGGAGCUGCAUAAAUUGAGGCUGCUGUUGCCCCUCCAGGGAACAACGAGAAGGCCAACUUGUUCCAGGCUGCUCACGAGCAACGGGUGGCUGCCAUCCGUGCUGUCCUCUGGAGCAACAGUACUGAGGUCUGGCUGGACUACAACCUACUACACCACAGGCACAACGAGGCUUUCUAUCCAACCAACCUCAUGCCCCUGUGGAUGGAAUGUGGGGUGGAUGUGGCCACUUCUGAGAAAGCCCUUCGCUACCUGGAGGUAAGCAGACGUAGGGAGGUGCGACUGGGCUGGGGAGAGGGGAGUAUCAGAGGUGGAGGCUGGGACCUCUCCAGCUAGCUGGAGGGAAUUGGGAACAGUUCCAAGAGCUGGGGAAUGUGGGCACCCUUCUCUUCACCCAGAUGGAUUCCUGGGUGCUCUUGGGGGCACUUUGGAGUUUAAGGCAGGCUUCAAAGGAAAUCUGCCAGAGCAGGCGUGCAGGAAGGAGAGUGGAGCCAGUGGCGAAGCUGCAUGCACCGCUACUGGGGGCAGAGAGCAGGCGGGGGCGUGGCUGGCACCCCUGGGGGCGUGACAUGCCUUCUGGAGGGGGGCGUGGCACCUGGUGUGUGGGGUGGUGGUGCGUGUCCGGGGGCUGCUACGAUGGCACCCUACCGGAAUAGUGGUACCGGGGGCGGUCCGCUCCCUCCACACUCCCGUUCCUCCACCAGUGAGUGGAGCACUGUUGAAAUAAGCCUUCCAAGCGCUUUGCCAAGUUUAGUGGGAGAGAAGCCCUCUGGGUUUUCAACAGGAGGCAUGUUGAGCAAGAACUUCUGACCAGAAAGAGCAGUGGUGGAAUGAACUGCCAGGGAAACCAUGAGGCCUUCUCCUUUAGAGGAAGGCUUUGUGGAAAACCUGCACCAAGUCCCUGGUCAGGCAGCUACCAACUGUACCUCUCCCCAGGGAGGUUCAGCUGACACCUACACGAUACACCAUUAGGUGCCAGGCAAAAAUGCUACUUUAAAGUGACAUCCAAUGCCCACUUAAAAAGUGUGUGUGUGUGUUUUUGUUAUGUAUUUUGUGAUUUUAUAUUGUAACCGUCCUGAGACCUGCGGGUAUAGGUGGUAUACAUAUAUAAUAAAACAACACGCUAAAUUUCACCUGCUACUUCUACCUCCCUACAGUACCUGUGAUUUGCACUUGCCCAACUCUAUGCGCUGUGUUGCAUGGGCGACCCCAUGGCACCCUCUGCUACACCAGCCUCACCCUCUGUCCAGGCCACUGGUCCCUUCUGUCCUGAUUCCUGAAGGUGCCCUUCUGCUCAUUGUUGCUCCAGACACACAGUGGCAGACUUUGGGCUCUCAAUUAUUAAAAUGGUGCCCUGUGCAAUGCCGAAAUUUGGCACACACACACUGCUUUCUUGCUCCACUCUAUAGCAUUGUUGAGGUGCCCCCUGCAGUGAGGCCAAACGGGUUGCACUGCCCUAAAACUGCCUCUGAACCACACAGUGUGUUUGUGCCCGCAGUCGAGUUCAGCGCUCUCCUAUCCCCACGGAGUGCCCACCUCUCUGGUUCGAACACAGCAGCAGUGGGACCUGCCAAAUGCCUGGGCCCCUCUCCAGGACGUGGUGAUCUCAGGUAAAGCCCUGUUCUGAAAUGUUCUAAAGGGAAAACAGAGCUCUCUCUUUGGAGGUUUACUAGUUCCAGGUGUUGCAAAUAUAUGCCCCUCUGCCAAUUGCACAGAAGGGGUGUUUCCACCCACCCCUUCUUGGUCUGCUAUUGCCAGUUGCAGCCUUGCCUCACCCAGGGAAAGAUGCUGCACUGCUCCUCUGCAGGGCCGCUGCCACCCCUGCUUGCAUUCUGACAGCACUUUGUGCUCGCCAGGUCUGGCCAAGUCCUCAUUGCCUCGAGCACAAGAACUGGCCUUCACUUUGGCACAGCGCUGGAUCAGCAUGAAUCUGGCUGUCUACGAGAAAUACCACUACAUGUAUGAGAAGGUAAGAUGCACACACACACACACACACACACACACACACACACACACACAACCUCUGUGCUCCCAGACCAGCCUUGUCUUGCUGCUGCUACAUAGCACAUAAUCCCGUGUCUGGUACUCUUAGCCACUGCCAUCCUUUAUUCCCAAUGGGGUUGGCGAACAGGCGUUUGCAAGCUCUCUUAGCUGUCCUCCAAGCCUGCUUCGGGUACAAGAAGAGAAAACCCUCCCCGUGUUGCUCUGGGUGGAGUGAUUGUCCUGCCACACACUCCAUACCCAGCGUCAUCCUUACCCACACCUUACUGAGGUUGUGUACCUGCCUGUCUGCCCUAACUCCCCCCUUUUUUUCUCCAGUAUGAUGUCGAAGGCGAUGGAAAACCGGGUGGUGGGGGAGAGUAUCAAGUACAGGUGAGAGGCAUUAAGCCUUUUCCCCCACCAAAGCCAUAAACUGGUGCCUGCUUCCACCACAUAUGGGGCUGGAUGUAGGGGCACCUGGCUGCAGCCGCUGUGAAGCCUGGAUUAACCUUCCCAUCUCCUUUUGCAGGAGGGGUUUGGUUGGACCAAUGGAUUGGCUCUGCGUCUCCUGCAUCUCUAUGGCGACCGCCUCACCUCUGCAGGCACAUUGCUCUUUCGCUCCUGGCUCUGCGUUGGGGCCUGCCUUGUUCUGUCCUUGAUCUAG